AUGAAGCUCGUUUUAAUACUCGCGUGUCUUGUAGCAGUAGCACUUGCCGAUGAAAGUGCCCCAAGGUGUGUGACCUCACAAACAACUGCUAGUGGAAGCCAAGCCCGUGCAGGCCCAUACUGUUCUGGAGAUCUUAUUUUCGAAGAUAACUUCGAUUUUUUGGAUUUUGAAAAGUGGGAACAUGAAAAUACCCUGGCUGGCGGUGGCAAUUGGGAGUUCCAAUGGUACACAAACAAUCGAGCAAACUCCUACUGCGAAAAUGGUAUUUUCUAUAUCCGCCCAACUCUACUUGCUGACGAUACCGGUGAUGCAUUCUUGACCAGCGGAACUUUGAACAUUGACGGAGGACAGCCGGCGGAUCUUUGUACUGGUCCGUUCUUCUGGGGUUGUGAACGCGCAGGUAAUGUCAACAAUAUUGUCAACCCGAUCAAAAGCGCCCGAGUACGAUCUGUGGAAGCGUUCAACUUUAAGUAUGGCCGUCUGGAAAUUAGAGCAAAGGUUCCAACAGGGGACUGGCUAUGGCCGGCUCUUUGGCUUUUGCCGAAACGACAGGCAUAUGGAUCGUGGCCUGCUUCUGGUGAAAUUGAUUUGAUGGAAUCGCGUGGUAACAUUGACUAUCGUAAUGGAGGUGUACACAUCGGUGUUGAACAAGUUGGAUCGACCUUGCAUUUUGGCCCUAAUCCCGAUCAAAAUGGGUGGGCAACAACAGUUGCUUAUAAAAAUUCCGCUGUCGGACAAGGUUUCAACAACGGUUUCCAUUUGUACCAACUGGAAUGGACUCCAGAUCAUAUCACAUUCAGUGUAGACAAUCAAGUACUUCGAAGAAACGAUGCCCCUACGGGUUGGUGGGCCAAGGGUGGUUUCGUUACUACAUCUCCUGCUUCUGAAAAUCCUUGGCAGCAUUCAUCCAACAUGGCUCCAUUCGACCAAGAGUUCUACAUUAUUAUGAACUUAGCCGUCGGAGGAACCAAUGGAUUCUUCCCGGAUGUUCCGCCAGCAACCAAUGGUGCCCGAGGUAAACCUUGGGCAAACACUUCCCCAACUGCGGCUCGCGAUUUCUGGAAUGGUAGAGGAGUUUGGCAAUCGACCUGGAACAUGAACGUAAACAGAGGCAAGGACUCUUCUUUCCAGAUAGAUUACGUCAGAGUAUGGGCUUUGUAGAUUGACGAGAUAAAGGUAAUAC